GAUUCGCGACCUGCUCUUUUCGCACCCUUUCACACCCGCUGCUGCAGCUGUACCGUUAACGAACACCGAGCGAUCACUCACGAUAUCAUGGCCGAUUCAUCUACUGCUGCCCGGGUCGAGGCCCUGCGGAAAGCCGCCGUUGACAGGGGAAUCGAUCUACCCAAGGCAAAGAAGAAGAGCUCCCGGGAGGUCGAGGAAGCCCUCGAAACGGCCGGCCUGGAGGAUGAGACCGGCGGCAGCGGUGACAACGAAGCGCUAAAAAAAGCCGCCCUCAAGAUCUUGGCAAAGAAGUUCGGGGUGAAGAAAGAGCAGCAAAAGGCAACCGGCAAGCGCAAGGCCGAUGGUGGCAAAGGAGCUGCCAAGCCGGCGGCCCCUUCGUCGUCUGCUCUCGAUGAGGUGUGGGAUGUGUCUACCAAGGAGGAGCGGAAGAAAUACGUGGCCAAGCUCAUCGAGAUCGCGAAGGCGAGGGGCGUCAGGAUACCAGAGGAUGCUCAAGCAGCGUCGAUGGGCGUGGGCACCGUGAUCAUGGGGUCCAAGGACGCCGACAACAAGCUCAAGGUCAAGGACGCCGUGGAAGAGCUCACCGACAAGUUCGGGAAGGACCCGGCGUGGGUGGACCCGGAAGACUCGGGGCCGAAGAAGAAGAAGAGGCCUAGCACAGCCAAGCAGUGCACCUGCCCUGAGAACAAGGCCUUGGCCGAUGCGUUCGAUGAGCUGGCGGGGCUAUACUUCAAGGAGGGUAGCAAGGCCGGCGGCGUCUACAAAAAGGUGGUUUCCGCCAUCAAGGACAUGCCCAAGCCGCUGACGACCGCUCCCAAGAAGGGGGAGGUCCCAGGUAUCGGUGCCAAAACGAUCCAGAAGAUCAACGAGUUCCUCGCGACGGGCAAGAUACAGACACUGGAGGACAAGCGGGCCGAGUCCGUCAUGUAGACUGACUCAAAGGAUGCUACACUAGUUGCAGCAGUAGAUUUAGGGGAGGCUGGCGGCGUGUGUGCUUGCACGCGGGCUGGUGGGGCCGCCGCGCGCCAGCUGCUAGCUGGUGGAUGUGUGUCCACCCGCGUGUACAAAAGCAUUUUCUCUCGGUUUUUUUUUUGCGCAAGUCUCUGUGCUCGGAAAUCGAGCUUUCCAGGCGUUAUUUUGUGUUGGUGUCAAGAUUGGCAGAGAGAUGAAGAGUGACGUUUUGCGGUGCUCCAGUGGUGUUUUUGGGCGACACAGGCUUGCUUCGGUUUGUUCGGCCUUCCUUGUGUUUUGUGAUCUCUUGAGCUGGUAGGAAGUGCCGAGGAAACCUUCGCACUCCAACCAAUGACAAGCCCCAUGACCUGGCGAGGGCUUGUAGCGUGUCAUGUCCCCCCCAUGUAGACUACAUACAUACGUAGGGUUCAGAUUUUGUUUGUUUCGUUUUCUGUUGUUUGAUACGGAGUACAUUGGUAGUACGUUGCUUGCGCAGUUUGUGAGGCCUCCGUUGUUUUUCCAUUUGUUGCACUAGUCACCUUGCUCAAGCAUCGGACUAGUUGUCGGUUGGUUGAUUUCUCAGGAAAGGGGGUGUUGUUUCAGCGGUUUUGUUUCUUGUCUUUGUGUUUUGUGUUUUCCUGCCUGUCUCUGUCCAUGCGGCUUGGUGUUGGACGAAUGAAUGGGUUAUUUUUUCUGCGGGGAACGUGUCACGUGGUUACACUAAUACCAACUAGCAGAGAU